ACACGGCGCAACAACCCAGAAGACUGAAAUCUUCAAUGUUGUGUUUAUUCAUUUGUUAUACGAAUUCUCAAAUAUGGCGUCAGAAUACGAUAUUUGUUGUAAAAUUUAAUUUUGUCGUAACUGUCUUGUUUUGUUGAGAAACGAUGAAAGGUUGGUGGGAUAAACACUUCUGAAGUCAUGGACCACGAAGAACAUAUUGCCCCGUUUGCUUCUGAGGCAGAACGUAUUCCCCCUGUAACGGAGAUAUGCGAGAAAACAAAAACUGCGAGCUUAUCAAUUCCCAUGGAUGAAGAUUCCCAAUCGAAUACUUCACUAAAGGAUACAUUGUUAGAUCACUUGGCCAACAGCAAAGUAGCACAUUUUAAAAGUCAGCAAGUAGAGGAACCUGAAUUGAGUUUUGAACAGAAGCGGCAGAUUGCUGAAGAUAUUUUGAUACAUAACCCAGGUCAAUUUCUGUCAAGAUUUGGACAGUUCUUACAGUCACAGCAUCUUGAUUAUUUUACUGAAAUAAACAAAAGGUGUGAAAGUUAUGAAGUUACUUUUUAUUUACAACAGUUACGACGAUUUCACUGCAAAACUUCAAAUGAGGUUGAUGUCAAAAACCGGCGCUUUGAAGCAUUAAAAAAGUUGGUGAAGGAGGGAAUUUACUUCAGUGAAAAGGAGAUGAAGCAGAGGAACCCACUAUUAUAUCAACAGUUGAUUGGGCAGUAUCUCACGAAAAAGGAAGUUGAAGACAGAAAUAAUGAAGACAGGGCAGAUAUCAAUUCUUGGGUGAAUUUGCUGUUGGCACAAAUUGAGCGAGAUCAGAUGCUUUGCUUAAGAGAACAACAGAAGGAUUAUGAGGAUGGGGCAAUAGAAGAAUUUGACACAAGUGAUGAAGAACAGGAGGAGGUAGAGGAUGAUUAUGAUGAAGAGGAGGAGGAGGAAGAAGAAGAAGACAGCAAAAGUGAGCAUAGAACUGAAAAUGGAUCCUGCAGUGCAAAUGAGGAUCAAGAGAAGGAAAAUGGAAGGUGUUUAUCUUCAAAGAACCAAAAGAAAAGAAAACAGUUACCAGGAAAAGAGAAGGAAUUGCUGAGAGAAGAAUUUGUUAGUAACAUGUAUCGUAGUUUCCUGGAAGGAAAAGAUGAAGAUUUUGACUACAGUCAGGUGGAUUUGAAUCCAGAGUACGAGUGUUUGGCAUUGAGAUCACAGGAUGAAGAAGAGAAGUACUUUGAUUCUGAAACCCCUGAAUUUGUUGCCGAUGAAUGUGGAUCUGGUGAAGAAGAUGAUGAUGAAUUAGAUACAUAUAUGAAGAACUUGAAACCUGAUUCCACUCCUAGUGAUUUAGCAGGAAAAUUCAAUAUCAUGCUGUAGAUAUUACAAACUGUGAGUUGUGUAUUUCUUUCACAUCUUGCUUUUAAAACCCCCCACAAUUUAAAAGUAGUAAAGUUGGCAUUUUCAGAGCAAUACAAGAAGCUCCUUACAUCUUGAACUCAAAAAUCUGAUCUGUAAUACCUGUCUGCUUCUUUUGUAGACAGUAAUACUGCAUCAGCUUUGUUAUAAAAACCCCGAAUGUUCUGAAGAUAUACAGUAACACACUUAUACCUGCUGUCUAGCUGGAACUUGGCAGCAUUAUUGUAGGUGGGAAUAUCAGAAACUUGCUUUAGGUCCCUCGUGUGUAUUACCAGCUUUAAUCUAAAAGAACAGUUUGCACCAACACUAGCAAUUACUGGAAUAAUACAAUUAGUCAUACUCACAGGGACAUGGAAUCUCUCAGCAACGAGAUGUUGGAUCACAAUGUAAUUUCUGUCAGUGUCUUAGUCUGACAAGGAUCUGAAAGGAUGAAGAUGUUUGUCUUGUACAAAUUAUGUAAUAUAAAUAUAAUUAAAAGGAAUACAGUAAAAAUUCCAGAUGUUGUCACUGAACGUGACCUUGUUGUCAGGAUAAGAAUACCCAGUAAAUGAACAAUAUCUAGUUCAUAUACAUAAAUAGGUUUAAUGUUAAAUAUCAUGUGGGUGGUCUAUGUAAAGGCCUGUACGCACUACGGCACAAAUGUCGCGGCACAUUGUAUUGGCACAAAGUCGCUUGAUGUGCCUCGACAAGUAGCAGCGUGUUCCGCAACAAAAAUCAUGUGCCUGGUUA